AUGGAGUCGGAAGAAGUAAAUGAAUCCGAACAGAAAUUACGAAAAUGGCUAGUUUUCGGCUAUCGAUAUGCUUGGGCGGUGUUUUUGAGCUGGCAAAUGUUCGAUUUCUUGUUUAGUCCGAUCUGGAUGCAUGGCUAUCUUUGGUAGGUUUUUUUGAUUUUAGGUAAUGCUUUGAGUGUUUUUAGGUUUUAAACGUAAUUUUUGUAUUUUAAAUAGUAUUUUCGGCUAUAAAUUUACUUUUUUUUUGAAACUUUUAAAUUAGGUAACAAAUUUUUGAAAUUUCAAAUUUUAGGUAACAAAUUUUUGAAAUUUUUAAUUUUUAGGUAACAAAUUUUUAAAAUUUUUAAUUUUUAGGUAACAAAUUUUUAAAAUUUUUAAUUUUUAGGUAACAAAUUUUUAAAAUUUCGAUUUUUAGGUUACAAUUUUUUUUCUAAAAUUAUCAAAAUUGAAUGUUAAUAUUGAUUUUAGGUCCCUCAAUUUACCCAUUGAUAACGACUUUAGUGACAAAUCAGCAGGUUAUAUUAUAGAUCAUCAGCUGAGAAGAGUUGGUCGAAAGGAGCGCUUGUUCGACAGUUUUUUGGUCGUUUCCUUUACUAUUUUAAUAUUAAAGCAAGUUUUUUGGAUAAAAAUUCAUACAUUUAAAAGUAAUUCCUGAAACAACCGUAUUUUACAAAAAAAACGAUUUUUAAAUAUUGUUGUAGUUUGAAUCAUGAGCUAUCAAUACCUAAAUCAAUGUUUUACAUUCGACUUCCAGGCUCAUAGGCUACGCUGAACGGAACUUUACCGUAUGGGAAUUACUUCGGAUUUCCAUGAUUUUGGGCGCUUUCGCAUCUUUAGCAAGAUGUACUCAAACAAAACAACGACUGUUUACUGUUCUACACGACGUCUUUUUUAUAUAUUUCAACAUCUUCACAACUGGAUUGAUCAUGACUAUGCAUUUACCUGAGAAAGAGCAAAAGGAAGAGCAAGAAGGGUAAGUUAUGCUAUAUCUAGUGAAGAUUUAAAGUUUACAAGAGAGUAGCACCAAAUCCACUUCGGGUUUUAUAACGACCUACUAUAUGGGAAGAAAGAGCAUCUUAUGAGCCUAUGAUGCAGUAGCGGCUAGAGUAGGAACUGUUCGUUAUAAAAGAGUUUUGUUACAGAUGCGUUCAUUUUCAUGAGUUCUACUGUGUAUUUUUAGAAAGGAAUUGGAAGAUGAAUUGUUUACAUUAUCAAGUCAUAACCAAGAAGAGACAGAAGAAGAUGCAGAAGUGAAAGAACAAAACGAAGAACAGCUAAAGCUAAAUGACCAAGUUAUAAAGCAAAAUCUCAAGGCAACUGCUUUCAAUAAAAGCUCGAUUAGAAAACGAUCAGUAGUUUCUGGAUAA